AAACGAGGGGCAAUCUCGAUUCUUUCUACUCCAAUUUCCACCACAGGGAGGACGCCAACCAAUAACUUGGCAAAUCGCCAGAGAAUGAGGAUAGUAGGACUGACAGGUGGAAUUGCGUCCGGGAAGAGCACCGUCUCAAAUCUCUUCAAGGCCCAUGACUUUCCCGUCGUUGACGCAGAUCUUGUUGCUCGUGAUGUAUUAAAGAAGGGCAAAACUGGGUGGAAAAAGGUUGUUUCAGCAUUUGGAGAUGACAUUUUACAACCUGAUGGAGAAGUUGAUAGGCCUAAACUAGGCCAAAUUAUAUUCUCUAAUCCCGAAAAGCGCAAACUUCUGAAUCGAGUGCUGGCUCCUUACAUAUGGUUUGGAAUCUUUUGGGAAGUUUUGAAGCUAUGGACGGAGGGGUUUAAGAUUAUUGUUGUUGAUGUCCCUCUAUUGUUCGAGGCCAAGAUGGACAAAUGGACAAAGCCCAUUGUUUUGGUAUGGGUUGAUUCUGAAACACAGCUCCAGAGACUCAUGUUGAGGGACGGUACAAGUGAGGAUGAUGCUCAGAACAAGAUAAAUGCUCAGAUGUCACUUGAUUUGAAAAAGACCAAGGCAGACCUAGUGAUUGAUAAUACUGGUUCCCUAAAGGAUUUAAGAGAACAGUUUCGCAGUAUCUUAGUUAUCGUCACGAAGCCCUUGACGUGGACUGAAUUCGGGUUCUCUAGACGAGGUGUUGCGUUGUUUCUUCUCUCCAUUGUUGUAGGUGUUUUGACGUAUUUUCAGAGAAGUUUAUAUGCUAGUAGUUUAUAGCAACCUUGGAAUUGUACUUGGUUGAGAUCUUGAUCUAAAUCUCUCCCUCUUUGAUAGAAUAAGAACCUUCACUCUGUUUUGUAGCAACAAUGAAGAAUGAAUUUUUGCAUCACAGUCUGACGUUAUUAAGCCAGAGCCUUGGUUA